GCUACAUUGAAUAAUCAAGCCGCUCCAUUUUUGAAUUUAUUUCAAGGUCAUGUUUAUGAAGUUAUGAGGCCACAGAUAAAUCACAAAUCAAAUGCCUUGGAUAUCAAGAAUGAACUUUUUGACUUACUUAAACAACGAAAGACCCUAACAGACACUCUUUCAACAUUAGAACGCCAGAUAUACCUUUUUGAGGGAAGUUAUCUUGAUGAUACUGCACCCUACGGAAAUAUUAUUAAAGGUUGGGAUCGAUAUUUGAUGUCUAACACAUCAAACUCAACGGUCACCGGUAAUUCGGGGUUUUCACUCUCCAGAAAUGUUGGCGACAAACGUGCUAGAAAAUUUAGAGACUCCGAUCGCCUUUUUUCCAGGUCAUCAGUUACAGCAGUUUCAUCCUUAAGUUCUCAGAACGAAAGUGAAACAGGAAUUCCUACCACUGUACCUUCAGCCAAUUCAGUUGUGACUACACACUAUAAUCAGUCAUCGCCUAAUUUCUUGUCUAAUGGAUUUCCGAACAAUCAAUUUUCACAAAUAGGCAAGAACUUCACCUACAGUAAUUCUUCACAGUCAGGGAAGAAGAAGAAAUCAAGACAGCGCUGAAAACUGUUUUUAUUGCAAAGUGUUUAUAAUUUCAUUUUUUCGGUGGGGGUUGGGGUGGGAGGCUUUGUGUAUUGUGUAUAAAUAAAUCUUGAUAU